UUUAUUUCUAAUCCUGCGUGAAAGCGAGAUGUCGUAAGUGUCCUUUGAGGGAGGGAUAGAAUGAAGAUAAUAUAGACAACAAAUGAGAGGAAAAUCGUAAAAUCGUAAAAAUUUUGCAUUUAAACGACGAUUUUGUACUUUUAUGUAUAGUGAAAUUUUAUCGGAAAAUGUAUAUUUAAUUGAAAUCUGCCGUCGACGGAAAGUGAGAAGAAGUUAGCAUGAGGAUAGUCUGCGUUAUUCCGGUCUCGAUAAAUCGAGACAUUUUUACGAUUCCCAAAUGUCAUUCAAGAAAACUUAUACACUCAAGGAUGCAAGCAGUCAGAAUGACCGAAGCAAGCGAGGAGUCGUGUUCAGUGAAAGCUCUAAUCAAUAAGUUAGGGCUUGAGGGAUUCUGAAUUCGUUGAUCGUUCGAGGAAGAAAUCUUCGUUGCAAGGAUGUAGGGGGGCCCAUACUCGGGGCCCCAGUGAGGGUUUCCUCUCAAACUGUUUCAACGUAUUAAUAUCAAAAACAAAGAAGAUUCUUCAUAAAUUCAUCAUACUCGUAACUUAAAACAUAAAGAGUUGGAGAGUUAGAAAAAGAGAAAGAAAGAUAUUCCUGUGAUAUCACAAGUUUGUAACAGAUCUUAAACUAACAUCAACAUAUUGUCAAGAGGAAUGACCAGCAGUCAGAGAAUGUUACGUGUUCGUUAACUUUUUUUUUUUAAAGAAUACGAACUGCUAGUUUUCUUGUCAUCUUAAUUGUUAAUCGGUGUACGUAAAUAUAACAGCGUUAGCUAAUUAUUAGUGAAAUUCAAAGUUUCCGAUAAUUCGUUCGGUUCUCAAUCGAGUGAAAACUGUGUCAAAUUCGUCGUUGAAAUCUUGAUUCAUGGAAAUUUAAAAAUUAGAAAAAAAGAGAGAGAGAAAGAAUGUUAAUGUUUAUACUUACGGAAAUGUGGGUGUUGUUAGUGAAAAAUAUCGAUCGCGAUAUCAAUGGUAAAAUGAGAUGCGAAGAUAUAAGAGGAAAUGGAAAGGAUGGCAUGCGAUAACAACAUUAAUAUCGGCGAAUUAUUUUUUCGAUGAUGAUGAGGCGAUUGCGCUUAUCUUCGAUUUUAAUCGCGUCAAGAUUCGCCUGAAGCAUCGUUCUCUCCUUAUAAUCGAAUAAACCAGCAAUCAUCGCCGAAGUCAGCAAAAAUGGUCGAUCUAGGAGGAUAUAUUAUCAUAUUGAUCAACCACAAUGACAAGAUCAAACUGUACGGUUCUCCGGCCGACAACGCGGAUACGCUGGAAGUGGCUGACGAAAUUUUACAAGUUAACGGUAGCACGUUAGAAAAUGCCAGUCAAUCCGAAGUUAUUCAGUAUAUAUAUCAGUGUAUCGAGUCUCGAACGAUAUGUCUGCGAGUGCGGAGGAGAAGCGGAAACAAGAUGGUAGAGCUGGACGGGUUCAACGCUGGUCGGGUUCGAGAAGCUUGGGUCAUCGCCGUCGAAAGGCGUGCAAAGGAACGAUUGCAGCGGCUGGCAUCUCACUGGAGAAUCCAACCGCGGGAUAUCCAAGCGAUUCUGCACCAGCAGAUCAACGAGGCAGUCGCGUCGACGAGCGGGGACAGCGCGGGCAAAAAUGUGACGGGCAACCAAAUUACCGUGACGCUUGCCGACAAGGAGCCGAGCACGAAUGUCUUCACCACCAAGCUCAGCAACGGUAGCAUUCCUAAAGGGUUAGGGAAAGAAGCGAAGGAAAUUCGAGGAGCGAAGGACGAAAGAACGGAGAAACAACAACAACAACAACAACAGAGCUCUUCCGAGGAGACGAAACUUUUGACACCGGUGCAAGGCGGAAGAGUCGGGGAACGACGUGCCAGCAGCCCUUUCCAAAAUGGUCAAACAGAAGUCCUGAUCGGAGAAGUGGAGGGUGGCCCAAGGUCGCCGCGGGGAUCCACGUCUUCGGCGGUGAACGACGCCAAUUUCCUGGGUCCACCGGAUGAACGUGACGGAAACAAGCCCAUUUGCAGGUCCCGAAGGCGUAGCGGCAGUGGCUUGACGGACACACACUCGCAGCAGCAGCAGCAGCAACAGCAGCAACAACAGCAACAGCAAGUG